AUUGCAUCCUGCCUUCCCACUUAUCUGUGAUUUCUGCCUGCCAGAGUGUGUUUGCUUCUCAGCAGCGGCUGCGCUGGGCUAUAUUGAGCGACUCCUCGCUGCUGUGGAACUAGGAGCAGGUGGCGGGCGGAGUCUAGAUCUCAAGUCGUACAUGGAGUAAGAGCUUCAUUGGACAAGAAAAACACAGAAGAUGCUGAUGACGGGGAAGGAUUUGGCCGAUUGUCAUGGGAAAAUCAUAUUAUUAGAAGGUUUUGCAAGACCUUUGUGUGUAAUCGAGCUUCCCAGUGCUGUAUGAAUGUGAGUUUGUGGACACACUUCUCACCGCAUUGCUCCAGCUGUUAAGUCAGCAUGUGCGGUUGCUCCAAGCCUUUGGUUGUAACCAGACAACUUUGUGCCAGUGUCUGCGUGGUUGGAUGUAAAAGCAUAAGAAGAUGCCUGCUAUUCUAGUUGCCUCCAAGAUGAAGUCGGAACUGCCCAAACCUGUGCAUGGCACCGCUCUACCCAUUCCAGCCAGGGUAGCGACCCACCAGAAGCCUGUGCAGCCCAGCCUCAUCACCCUGAAGUCUCCCAUCUACAGGCAGCAAAGUCAAAGCAGUGCGACUUUACAGAAAAAGAACCAGACCACCAAAGAAACAUCAGAAGACCCUCAGAUUUAUACAGAUUGGGCCAACCACUACCUAGCCAAGUCCGGACACACACGCCUGAUUAAAGACCUCCAACAGGAUGUUGCCGAUGGCGUUUUGUUGGCAGAAAUCAUUCAGGUUGUAGCAAAUGAGAAGAUUGCCGAUAUCAACGGAUUCCCAGAGAGUCGCUCUCAAAUGAUUGAGAACAUUGAUGCCUGUCUGGGCUUCCUUGCUGCUAAAGGGGUAAAUAUAAAGGGACUUUGCGCUGAAGAGAUCCGCAAUGGCAAUCUGAAGGCCAUUUUAGGCCUGUUCUUCACUCUGUCACGUUUCCGGCAGCAGCAGCAGACUUUGAAACAGGCCUCCAGCAAUGUUCAGUUGCUCCAGAACAACCAGGCCCACCGAUGCUCCACUCCUGCCCUGCCUCCUCACACUCCUCCCUGUAGCUCUCCCUGUCCUUCUCCCAUCCACCAACACUACACCUCCUCCCCAUGUGCACAGAAACCUCAGACAGACAUGCAGUCCAGUCAUCCCUCAAAAGGCUCCAAUCAGAAAAAAGCUGUCAGACUCUCAGUUGCUCAGAAAAAGAACUCUAGGCUUCUGAGCCCCUCAGUGAGGGCAGGUGGAGAGAGUAAACCUCGAACCUCAAACACCAACAGACGCAGCCAAAGCUUCAACCAAUGUGACCGAUUAAAGCCAUCAAUCUCUGCCUGCGCUCAUGAAAGAGAGAAAACCACACCAUCACCCAUAAUGGCUGAUCAUGGACCAAUCAGCUCUUCUAUUCCUCCACCCAGCUGCACCAGCACCUCUAAACCCUGGAGAAGCAAGUCGCUCAGUGCAAAACACACUGCUACAUCCUCCAUGGUCAUGGUUAAACAACCACCCCCAGAUUCUCUUGAGGUUCCUCCUAAGGUGAUCGCCCAGACGUCCAUGCUGGAAAAGCUCAAGCUCUUCAACAGCAAAACUGGUUCCAGAACCUCCAAGGUUGUCAGUACAGAGGACGUCAGUGCUGUAGAACCAGAAGAAGGUCAGAUUUGCCCCAUACACCCUGAAGCCCACGUUGGAAACCAAAGGCCUGUCACCCCCAGCAGUUCUGGUAGCUCAAGUCCCAAGCUAGCGCUGAAGGGUAUUGCACAGUUGACGCUCGGAAGGGCUUUAGCACCCAAAAUAGCCUCGGCAAAAGCGACCGAAAAAGUUAAAGAGAAGUCAAAGCCUAAAGAGAAAGACAAGCUCAAACAGCUUCCUGUUACAGAACCUGAACAUCUAAAAGGAGAUACCAGAACCGAUGGACAUGUUACACCCGAGACUAAGAAGUCUGUUCCCAACGGAAGCAAAGCCAAAUCAGCCAUGAGUGGGAUUCCUAAACCAAGCCAGGGAGGAAAGGCUUCAGCUGCAAAUAAGACAGUAGCAUCGCCCCCUUGUGGUGCGGAGGGAGAACGGUUACGGAAUGGAAAGAUAGGAGGUCUGUCUGUGCAUAAAGAGCAGAAAGACAACAGAAACUACAGCUCGACUUCUAGCUUACCAUUUCCAGAGGGGAAAAGUUGCCAAGAUCUCACUCUUGGUGCUCAGACCCACUCAACAGACAGCAAUAUGGUCAGUGUACAACUUACACAGCUCCAACAACAAUACAACCAUCCCAACACGGCCACUGUCGCCCCAUUCAUGUACAGUAAGUCUCAAACAGAAAUUGAUAAGACUGGGCUUAUGGCAGGAGUGGAGGAAAGAAGAGAACGAACAGGCCUGUGCAGCAAAUCCAUCCAUACUUCUCUGGAGAACCUGACAGGUGAGGACUCUGAAACCAAGAGGCUACGUACCGUGAAAAACAUUGCUGAUCUGAGGCAAAACCUGGAAGAAACCAUGUCCAGUCUGCGGGGGACGGCUCAUUUCAGUCACAGCACCCUCGAGACGACCUUUGACAGCACCGUAACUACUGAGAUCAAUGGGAGGGCUUUGCUUGCCUUCAGUUCCCGCCCUGCUUCUGCGUUGCCAUGGCGACUGGGCUCAUCCAGCCCUCGCCUUCAAGCUGGUGAUGCCCCCUCUUCAGGAAACGCAUUCGUACAGCAUGGCAGUGGCUGUGGGCGGCACACACACAGGCAUCAGACCUGCACGCACAACGGAGUCCUCUGCGGCCUUGAAUUCUCAGAGAAGGUGGAGGAGCUGGAGGGCGUCGCCAUGGAAACAGCGGGGUACAUGAAUGAUGGGGACGUCCUGGGCAAGAGCAUGAAGAUGGAUACUGUGACCAGUGGAUACAUGACGGACGGAGGUCUCAGCCUGUACUCCAGAAGGGUUAAAUGGGUCUCAGAUGGAAUGAACAGCGUGAGAGGGACUGUUCACCACUUUAAUCCCAAGAGUCAAGAUGAUACUGAUAGUUGGGACGACAGCAGCUCAGUCAGCAGCGGGAUCAGUGACACCUUGGACACAGAUGACCUCAACACCAGCUCGUCCCUUAGCUCCUAUGUCAACACCCCAUCUGUCCCACACAGAGACGUGGAUGAACAGCUCCAGACGGAUGCAGAGAAGCACUCUGCAGUGAAACACAACCCCAACUGGUCUAACAACGACCUUAAACGUUCAGAAGGCAGCUCUGACGGUGCCAACAAAAUGGAGACCACAACUAAAUGGAAUCACAGGUCCUCAGAUUUCUCAGAUGAAUCAGAACGGAGCUUGAUGGGUCGCAAGACACCUACAAUUUCCCAGACAGGCUCUUGGAGGCGGGGAAUGACUGCCCAGGUGGGCGUCACCUCUCCACGGACGAAAUCUACAAUACCUACAAACUUCAGCGCACUCAAGACACAUGGUAAGACCGACGACGCCAAAGUGUCAGAGAAAGGACGUUCCAACGGCACCCACUCCACAACUGUUGAUGACACCAAGAAACCUCCCCUCAGUUCAACCUCACGCACCCCAACCAGCACUUUUGGCUUCAAGAAGGCUCCAGGCGCAAUGGCGACAAUAACCGCUAGUGGAGCUGUGGUUACUAGUGGCUCUGCGACAGUGGGCAGGAUACCUAAAUUGGUUGGGUUUUCUGGGAGUCGAAUUGUGAAUCGGCAGACGACUGUCGAUGAUGGAUACCUUCCUCCAAGUGCUCGGAUGACUCUUCAGUACCGCAGUUUACCGAGGCCUAGUCGUACCGCCACAGCUCGCUGUUCUAACCGCUCCAACAACUCGAGCCUUGAUGCUAGUUUUUGCAAUAAAGGUACCGCCACACUUCCCAAUCCUAAGAGUCGCAACUUAGUCAAGUCCCCAAUGGGAACUACUAACCAGACAGACCGAGAGAAGGGUAUCUUUUCCGAUGUGGAGAGCCAGGUACUUAAAACUUGCACAACUACCCAAACGGGGUGCCAAGCUGGACGGCAAGUAGGAGGAAAGUAUUCAGAAAUGUCCUCGCCAACCCUUCGUAGACUCUUUGGUAGCAAAUCUUGCAACAAGCAAGCUCCGGUCACCACCAUGGAGAACAUGAAGAACUCCACCAUCAUCUCCAAUCCUCAUGCCACGUCUAUCCAGCAGAAUGGUUCUGUAAACACACCAUCUGUCGCCAGCGGAGGCAGCGGCCCAGUUUAUAAUGACAGCCUGACGGUGCCCUCUGGGGGUCAUGGAGAGCAGACCCUUUCCUCUAUGACCUCCAGCCCAGGAUCAGCUUUCUCUCCUUGGGGAGGCAGGGAUAGAUCGGGCUCCAAUCACAUCAGUAGCGACUCCAUUGAUGUUUCCUUGGGAAAGGAAGAUUUAUGUCUUAAUCGGACCAACAGCGCCCGAAAUGGCCUCUCAGACAGCCCUGUACCCUCCUCUAGCCCUCACUCCUCCCCCUCUGCUAGCCCUAAAUUUACCCGCAACACACUCCCACAGAAACAGGACAGGUAUGGCCAUGUGCCUCAGGUCAAAGGUCAUGAAGAGGCCCGUGAUUGGCUACGUUCUCCCUCAGCUGUUGGGCUCCCGGAUUCAAUUGGCUCUUCCCUCUACACCCCUGCCUCUGCACUCAGCUCGCCCUCCGGCACACGCUUCAACUUUAGCACACUUGGCAGUCCCACCACAGCUUCUCAGAUAGCAACUUUGCGCGGCACCAACGGUCAGGGCAAUCACGACAACCUGUGCGACCCCUACAGCGAUCCACGUCUGAGGAACUCCUCGAUGAGCCUGGAGGAAAAGAGCCGCACUAUGAGUAGCUCCGGAUCGUUCCAUGAGGGCCUGGAGGAAGUUCAUGGCUCAUCUUUGUCUCUAGUCUCUAGCACAUCGUCAGUUUACUUUACGCCUGAGGAAAAGGCUCAAACGGAGAUCCGUAAGCUGCGGAGGGAACUGGACUCGUCGCAGGAGAAGGUCUCGACGCUCACAACACAGCUCAGUGCCAAUGCUCACCUUGUGGCGGCUUUUGAGCAGAGUUUAGGAAACAUGACCAUCCGGCUGCAGAGCCUGACGACGACGGCAGAACAGAAGGACACAGAGCUGAAUGACUUGAGGAAGACCAUUGAGCUCCUUCAGAAGCAGAACUCAGCGACUCAAGCCACCAUCAAUGGAGUCAUUAACACACCAGACCCAACAUUAACAAACCGCAAGGUUUCUCUUGAUUCUGUCAACGGGUCGCCUCAGUCCCAGCGAGAGUUGCGGAUCCACAGGCAGCCCUCAUCAGACAGCGUCUCCAGCAUGACCAGCGCCACCAGCCACUCCAGCAUUGGCAGCAACCUGGAGCUGGAUGCCAAGAACAAUAAGAAGAAGAAAAACUGGCCUACAUGUGGUGGAGGAAAGGCUGUAUCAUCUGGUGGAGGAAAAUUACCUGAUAACUACGUAUAUGAGCUGCGGAGCUCCUUUAAACAAGCAUUCGGGAAGAAAAAGUCUCCUAAAUCGGCAUCCUCUCACUCGGACAUUGAAGAGAUGACCGACUCUUCUCUGCCAUCUUCACCCAAACUCCCCUAUAACAGCUCAACGGCCUCUUCUCCCAUGAUACGCAACUCCCACUCCAACUCCCUUCCUCAACUGUCCUCGCUGCCUGCACACGGGCCUGUCUGGGGCUGUAGCAGCAAGUCCAUGAGGUCUGCCUCACUGGCACGGAUUUCAGAGUGUACGGACAGCGAGGCUGAAACAGUCAUGCAGUUGCGCAGUGAACUGCGUGAUAAAGAAAUGAAACUCACAGACAUCAGAUUGGAGGCUCUCAGCUCUGCCCACCAAUUGGACCAACUACGAGAAUCCAUGAACCGCAUGCAUAUUGAGAUUGAGAGGCUGAAAGUGGAGAAUGACAGAUUAAAGUUGGAGAGCCGAGGCAGUGGUAGGAGAGCUCCUUCUCAGAUGUCCAUCUCCCCUUCUUCUGUGGGCCUUUCUUCUCAACUCAGCCUCACAGAAUCCACCAGCUUAGAUAUGUUGCUAGAAGACAGUGGAGAUGGAAGUUCCUGGAAAGAGGGACAGCAUGCGAAGGUUGUGGUCAGUCUGGAGAAAGAUCCAGAGUGGAAAGAGGAGUGCAGACCUUCUCAGUUCUUGCUGGGCUGCAUUGGUGUCAGUGGAAAUACCAAAUGGGAUGUCCUAGAUGGUGUAGUCAGACGACUCUUUAAGGAAUAUAUCAUCUACGUAGAUCCUGUCACGCAGUUGGGUCUGAACACUGACAGUGUGAUGGAGUACAGCAUUGCAGACAUCUAUCGCACCAGUGAUGCAGAUACACCAGAACUUCUGCCAUGCGGUUAUCUUGUGGGAGAAAGCGACACCAUCUCUGUCAAGUUGAAAGACUUGUCUGUCAAUAGUGAGGACAGUUUGGCGUUCGAGACGCUAAUUCCGAAGCCAGUUCUGCAGCGAUACAUCUCUCAGCUGGAGGAGCACAGACGAAUCAUCUUUUCAGGGCCUUCUGGCACAGGGAAGAGCUUUCUAGCCAGCAGACUGGCCGAGUACUUGGUCCUAAAAGAGGGAAAACAGCUGGAACAUCAAGCAAUCGCCACUUUCAAUGUUGAUAACAAAACUACUAAGGAGCUGAAGCAGUACUUGUCCAACCUGGCAGACCAGUGUAAAACCAAUGUACAUGCUGUUGACAUACCUGUGGUGCUUAUACUAGAUAACCUUGACCAUGUCACCUCACUGGCCGAGAUUUUCAACGGCCUGCUCAACUGCAAGAACCACCAGUGUCCUUACAUCAUUGGAACCAUGAAUCAAACCCCAUCACCCACUCCAAAUCUACAGCUUCAUCAUAAUUUCAGAUGGGUUUUGUGUGCCAAUCAUAUGGAGCCGCUGAAAGGUUUUCUGGGUCGGUACCUGCGACGGAGGCUUCUAGAAACCGAGAUCAGCAGUCGUGUGAGGAACGGCGAGCUAGUUAAGAUUAUUGAGUGGAUCCCAUGUGUUUGGCAUCAUCUCAACCGCUUCCUGGAAACACAUAGUUCUUCUGAUGUCACAAUUGGACCUCGACUCUUUUUGUCCUGCCCAAUGGAUGUUGAAGGCUCAAGAGUGUGGUUCACCGAUCUGUGGAACUACUCCAUCAUCCCCUACAUGCUGGAGGCUGUCAGAGAAGGGCUGCAGAUGUAUGGGCGUAAGGCAGCAUGGGAGGACCCGGCGAAGUGGGUGAUGGAGAGCUUCCCUUGGGUGGCAAGUCCACAGCAACACGAGUGGCAUUCCCUGCUGCGACUUCGGCCAGAGGACGUAGGGUUCGAAGGGUACAAUAUAUCUCAGGAGGGCAGUCCAGGCAAGCAGCCUGCUCAGGGAAAACCAGAAGAAGACCCACUCAUGAAUAUGUUAAUGAGGUUGAAGGAGACAACUCACUGCGCAGGGACAGAGAGCUACGACAGUGAUUCCACCAGCAGACACGCUGAACUCUUCUGAGACUUUUUAAUAUCAGAUUCGUCUUUUAUAUGAAUCUACAAGGUGCUGGUAACCUGUAAAACAGGGUGCUGGAAACCCUUAAAAAAAUUAUUAUUGCUCAGUAAGUCACAUCACAGCCUAAUCAUCACCUGAAAUGCAAGAAAAAACAUGUUCAAAAAGUUUAAUAUUCAUCAAAGAUCGUCAUUUCCUGAAAUGGACACUAGAUGGUGGUAUAAAUGUGUUCAAAAAGGAGAUAAACCUAGUUGAGAUGUAGCAACUCCAUGACUGUUGCUAAUUCAUGUUUAUUUUCAGUCAUAUAUUCAACUUUCUAAAUAGUAUCUAAUGUUGGGUGACUUUUAUGUACUAGUGAACAACUUUGGUGCUGAACUUUAUAAUAAUGCCUUUCAAGACUUGUUGAGACAGGCUAGCUUAUGUCUUAAAGAUCUGUAACUUUAUACAAAUGCAAAUAAUGCAAGGACAUUAUAGCCUUCCAAUGGUGCACUAUCUGUGGGACCUAACAGAGAUAUAGUUAAAUAUGAACUGUAUUGUGGUUGCUUUUCACCAACAAAAAAGUGUUUUGGUAACACUUGCAUAACAUAAAGAUCUGUUUGGAAAAGUAUCGAUAAUAUUAAAGCAAAUUUUGUGCCAGGA